GUGGAUCCAAGGUUAUGUUUAUGUCAAUGGUUUAAACGUUUGAUUUUGUUUAUACAUUUUACUUUUUAUUUAUUAUAGUGGAAAACAAGUUUAAACGUAUUGACAAUGGAUCGGAAGCCGAUUAGGAAACUCAGUCAAGAAGUUAUUAAUCGAAUCGCUGCGGGCGAAGUAAUCCAGAGGCCGGCAAACGCUUUAAAGGAACUGAUCGAGAACAGUUUGGAUGCGAAAGCUUCUAAUAUUCAAGUUACUGUAAAAAACGGAGGUUUGAAGCUGUUACAAAUUCAAGACAAUGGCACUGGCAUUCGAAAGGAAGAUUUCGAAAUUGUUUGUGAACGCUUCACCACUUCCAAGCUUCAGGAAUUCGAGGAUCUCCAUAAAAUCUCAACGUAUGGGUUCAGGGGCGAAGCCCUGGCUAGUAUUUCACAUGUGGCGCACUUGACAAUAAUUUCAAAGACGAAAAAUGAUAUUUGCGCCUAUCAGGCUGAAUAUUGCGACAGCAAGCUGAAAGCCAAACCCAAACCUCUGGCAGGCAAUCAAGGCACAAUUAUCACAGUGGAAGACUUGUUUUACAACAUGAAUGUUAGGAGGAAUGCCUUGAGAUCGCCUGCGGAGGAAUAUCAGAAGAUUUCAGAUGUGGUCACCAAAUAUGCCAUUCAUAAUGCCCUAGUGGGGUUUGCCUUAAAAAAGCAUGGCGCAAACAAUGAUAUUCGCACCCCAGUUAAUUCAACCCACGUUGAAAACAUCAGGCUUAUCUAUGGAAGUUCUAUUGCUAGAGAAUUGCUGGAUUUCAACUUGGAGAACGACAAUUUACAGUUUUCCUGCAGCGGUUACAUGACGAACGUGAAUUACUCGACGAAAAAGUUCCAGUUUUUGCUCUUCAUCAACCACCGGCUAGUGGAUUCUCCCAGUUUGAAAAAGUGCAUCGACGCAGUUUACCAGACUUACCUGCCGAAAAACAGCCACCCUUUUGUGUAUUUAAGCCUAGAAUUGAAUCCGAACAACGUGGAUAUUAACGUGCACCCUACUAAACAUGAGGUGCAUUUUCUGAAUGAAACCCAAGUCGUUGAGUCCAUUGCGACUGCACUUGAGCAGAAAUUGCUGGGGUCGAACAGUUCCCGAGUGUUCUACACUCAGUCCAAACUGCCUGGCUUGCAAAUCGAGACCCGUGAAACUUUAAGGGACAAGGAUGACUCGAGAAAAGUGGCAGAAUCGCCCAAGUAUACGGUCCGGACCGACUCGAAUCUCCAGAAAUUGGACAAGUUUUUCGAUGUGAGCCGAAAAAAUAUUUUUCCCGACAAGCCCCAAGACGCAAAUGUCUCCUUAACAGAGGCGGAAUACGACAAACACCAUGCUCACUUUUUGCAGCAGCAGGAAUCGUUCGAAGAUCGGUGCUUGGAUAAAACUGUUCAGGAUCUGAAUGAUUCGCCAGCUAAGGCGGCUACUGAGCAACCAUCCAACGACGCCGCUGAUAAAUCCAAUGUGGUGUCUUUACAGUCCCAAAUAUCUGCGUCUCAGGAGGCAAAAAAAUGCGAAAAGCCGCUCAGCAAGCAUCUGAUCAAGAAGAUAACCAGAGUAGAUACAAAGUUGACCAGCGUACUGCAGCUUAGGAAAAGCGUGGAGGAAAAUUGCCAUCGAACGCUCCGUGAAACGUUUGCUCAGCACGUUUUUGUCGGCUCAAUCAGCCCAAGCCAGGCACUGAUUCAGUACAACACUCAACUACUGCUUUGCAACACCAAGCUGAUACUUGAGGAACUGUUUUAUCAGUUGGUUUUGUACAAUUUCCAGAACUUUGACUGUUACCGGUUCGAAAAUGCGAUGCCGAUUAAAGACCUGGCGCUGCUCGGCCUGGAUUUGCCAGAUACCGGAUGGACCGAAGAAGAUGGUCCAAAGGAAGAACUGGCUGUUCGGAUUAGUGAGAUUUUAACCGAGAGAGGGCCCAUGCUUCGGGAGUAUUUUUCCAUCAACAUUGGCCCUAAUGGGAUGCUGCAGAGCCUACCCAUCCUGCUUGAAAACUACAUUCCCAACCCCUUGGGGGUGCCGCUCUACCUAAUCCGACUGGCGACGGAAGUCGACUGGGAGGAGGAAAAAAAGUGUUUCGACUCAUUCGCCAGAGAAACUGCCAUGUUUUACGCGAAUGUUUCCAGCGACACUGACGAGAAUGGGAAAUCCUGGAAAUGGGUCACUGAAUAUGUACUGUAUCCGGCUUUAAAAGAAUAUUUUAUUCCUUCGAGGCGUUUCACCCAAAAUGCUGCAAUUUUGGAAAUAGCCAAUUUGCCUAAUUUGUAUAAAGUGUUUGAGAGAUGUUAACUUUUUACUGUGGCAUUGUUUUGCAUUAAGUUUAUUUUGUACACCAUAGGGAGUAACGUUUGUUAUAUUUUGUAAAUAAACCAAAAAAGCGCCUGA